AUGAAACAGGAUAGAGGAUACGGAUUAGUCCAUUGUCAAACUCAAGUAGCAGCUCCGGAGAAACGCCUCGCGCGCUCCCCGUCUUUUCAUUAGUGGCUUACAGCAGGAUUUACAGGAAAACAAACUCACAAAGAUGACAUGCUUGCGAUUUACCAAGGGGUCGAUUCGAGUUUACUCUGUGUUUUGGUAGGCGACAUUAAACUUUUUUAUUAAUAAGGGUCAUUAAAAGUGUGAUGGACAUGGGCUCCCCGGCCCCUCCUCAGCGCGUGCUAGAAUCGCUGGAUCGGAACGCAGCGGGAUCCGAAAGUAACUCUGAAUAUUUACAGUCUGUAAGCAGCGAGUCGAGUUCAUUCAUCAUGAUCGAACCCAAAAACCGUCUCGAAGUACCGUCGAGGUUAUGGGUGACGAUGGUUGUGGUCAUCGUGAUCGUCCUUCAGGUUGCUUCGACCACAGGACUCUUCAUAUACCUGAAUAUGUCAGUGGCACAGGCUCAAAAUCAGGGUGUGACGGAGGAGCUGAGAUGUCUUGGUCUUUUAAACGCUUUGGAGAAAGAGCAGGAGGUGCCUGAUGAACUCGUUCAGCUUUUUGGAGAGCCCUGCAUUAAACUUGCCGAAGGACUCAAAGCUUACAUUUCUAAGGUCACAGAAAACAUUAUCUCAAAACAAACUUUUCAAGAGAGAGUAGCGAUUCCUCCUCGUACGAAAUUACUCACCACUGGCAACCCACGGCCAUCCGCUCAUCUCACUCUGAGAGACAGUGGACUUCAGGGUACCACAACUUUAAUCCCCCAGACGGACCUUCACCAGUCCUGCCGGCAUCCUGUUAGAUCCUGGGGAAACCAAAGCUUUGGCUCGCACCUCCACAACAUGACCGUGUCCGACGGCCGUCUGCGCAUCCCACGCGCGGGCCGCUACUACCUGUACGGCCAAGUUUAUUUUCGUUACCUCACCCUCUCCAGCGACGACUCCCGUUCCACCUCUGUCAGCCACCAGGUGGUGCAGUGCGUUUACAAGAAGACGGCCUACGCCCGCCCGAUUCAGCUCCUGAAAGGUGUGGGUACCAAAUGUUGGUCCCCGGACAGUGAGAAUGCCCUUCACUCCGUCUACCAGGGUGGCCUGUUUGAGCUCCGUGCGGGCGAUGAGAUCUUCAUAUCUGUGUCUUCUCCCACAGCUGUGUAUGCAGAAGACUCUUCCAGCUACUUUGGGGCCUUCCUGUUUGACCUCUGAGGGAGCCACAGCUGUGGCUUGUGGUUUUAAUUCAAGGGAAGGGAAAUGGGUUCUGCUGGAGGCCUCGCAUGGGAACCAUGAAAUGGGGAAGCACAGAGACGUUGUGUAAAGGGGCUUUAUACUGCCUUUGGGCAUUUUCAAAUAACUCUCUAAUGACCAAUUCACUUCUGUAUGCGACGAGACUCAUAUGUCGAAAAAUUCACAUUCUUUACUAAUGGAAGCAGUGUUUGGAAAAUUAUUGUGUGACGCACGGAUGGUGAAUUGACCUACAUUGAGAAGAAAGCUCAGCAUCUACAGCUGUACAUAUGAUGUUAAAAUAGACUUGAGAUAUUGAAGUGAGAUAUUCUCCUUUCACUGAGCGAAAAGACUUCACAUAUGAACUUUUUUCUUGAUGGACAGAUUAUAACUGCUCCUGUAGCUCAGUGGUAGAGCAUUGCAUUAGCAGGGGUCUGAACCCUGGGAACACACAAACUAAAAAACUGAAUAGCUUGUAAUGCACUGUAAGUUGCUUUCGAUAAAACUGUCUGCCAGAUGCAUAAAUGUAAAUGUAAGCAAUUCUGGGAGGGCUUUGUGAUGACAGAUCUAACUAUUCUCAAAGGGUGUUUUCUUAAAGGGGUCAUAGUAUGAGAUUUUUUUAAGAUGUAAAAUAAAUCUUUGGUGUCUGCAGAGUGCAUACGUGAAGUUUUAGCUCAAAAUACCCCACAGAUAAUUUAUUAUAACAUGUUAAAAUUGACACUUUGUAGGCCUGAGCAAAAGUGUGCCAUUUUUGGGUGUGUCCUUUAAAAUGCAAAUGAGCGGAUCUCAAUGAUGGUGGUUUGUUUUUUGAGUUUGUAAUUGAAACUCAAUUGAGCUGUCAAUCAUUUUUUCUCUCUCUCUUUCUCUCUGCACUAAAUGGCGGUGCCGUGGUUGGAUAGGGCAGAUUUAGGGGCGGUAUUAUUGUAAUUGGCCUUGCUACCUACCUCACAAAACAGGCGAAAUCAGAACGACCUAAUUUUUCACAUGCUUGCAGAAAAUGGCUUACCCAAACAAAGUUACUGGGUUGAUAUUUUUCACGUUUUCUAGGUUGAUAGAAGCACUAAUGGCGCUUUUCCAUUGCAUAGUACCCCACGGUUUGGUUUAGUUUGGGUCGGGUCAGCUUACUUUUUGGAGCUUUUCCAUUAGGUGCAGUACGUGGUACCCAAUACUUUUUUUCGUACCACCUCCCGAUCUGAUACCAAACGUGACGCGAAAACACUGUAGAUCACUGAUUGGUCUGAAAGAAACGUCACUAACAGCGUCAUCGCUAGAAUGUAAAUUAGCUUCAUCUGUGCUAGGCUAGCUUGCGCUGUCUCGAGCAAACAUGUUGUCAUCUGUGCUCUGGUAUAAGUUCCCAAACUCCCUUUUUGGGAUGAAAAACAUCCACAGGUUGAGAAUCAGGAAGACCAUAACAGUUUUUUCCAGACUUGCAGUUUGUGGCGGAACAUUCGCGACGAGCACGUCAGCAUUAUAUGCUUAAAUGCAACUUCAGUGAGGCUCAGCGAAGCGCCGUCGGCUGACGACGCAGGUGUUUGAACAGAAACUGUCUUGUGAUACAGAGGUAGUGAUAAACGCGAUGUGCAAACAUCUAUUUGUUGUGGCCAAUUUUAAUUUUGUGGCGGACUGAGAAAUAAAUUAAUGUAUGGGAAUGUACAACGACGCUCUCCUCUCACUUGUAUGAUGUCACAGCUGUAGGCAGCGCAAAAAUAACGACACACCUAAAAUCCCUCCCAAUGCGAAGUGAUACUAAACUCGAUGGAAUAGCUAACCACGCCAAAGUGAGGUGAGCUGACCCGACCCAAACUAAACUAAACCGUGGGGUACUAUGCAAUGGAAAAGCGCCAUUAGGGACCAAAUUAUAGCACUUAAAAAUGAUAAAAGUCUGAUUUUCACGCUAUGACCCCUUUAAGGUCACCUAAAAUGAAAAAUUCACUUUUAUGUUUUAUGUGAACAUAAUUGUGUGUUGCCUGUGUGUGUACACAACCACCCUGUAAUGUUACAAUCUGCUUAUUCCUUUUUUUAAAAACCCAUAAAACUAGUCUUGGUGGACAAGCUGUUGGCAUUUUGUGAGCAAACUGAUGUCACUUUGCACAGGCCCCGCCCACAACCGUCCAAAGACCACAGUUAGGUCAUAAUUCCUACUUUAAAUCUUCUCACUCUUCUCUACAUAAUUCAUUACCACACAUUCAUUAUGAGUAAUGAAGUAAGGUGAUUGUCAUAUUAAAUGGUGUUUGAUAACAGUAAACAGGGAGAGAAGCAGCAGCUCAUUUGCAUUUAAAGAGACACACACACAAAACAGCAUCUUUUCCUGCACACCCAAAAAUGGGUAUACUACAUAAUUUAUAGGGUAUUUGGACCUGAUACUUUACAGGCACUUUCUGGAGACUAAUAUUACAUUUUGAAAAAUACCCAUAUUAGGUGACCUUUAAAAAGGUCCUAAAAAGAUGUAUAAGGACCUCAGUUAUUUAACACAAAGGUUCGAUUUAACAAAUGUACUAAUAGGACUUGUAAGGACUGUGCAAGCUGGUACUCAGAAAAACAUUUAAACCAUACGAGUAGUUUUUUUUUCAUGCACUAGCACUUGUUUAUGGUUUUUUAAUGUUACACCCUUUAUGUUGUUCAUUCUUUUCUAUGUAGACCAUGACUGAUCUUAGACCAGAAGUCUCCAGGAGACUCCAUUUAGUUAACAACAUUUGUUUUCUGGGAAACAAAACCAGCCAUCAUGAGUCAAACCUACAGCCCUGAUGUCUGAUGUGAUUUUCUCUUAAGAUUCCCGUAAACCACAGCUAAAGCGACAACAAUAGAAGUCAGGGGAUGCGGGUACGACAAAGUUUUGACAUGAUGCACGAAUGACUAAUCUUAUCUACCACUGUACUUAUCAUCAAAAGUAAACCCUUUUCAAAGAACCUGUUUAUUUCUCACUCAUUCCUCAUUAUAGCCAAGAGCAUAUCCUGAUCGCAUUAUAAUCUCCAGACCGACUAAUCCAGUAGACAGUCGAUGAGUCAUGCUGAGAUCACAUACAGACAACAAAACUGAUGUGUGUACAUCACCUACACUUCAAACCCAAAUAAAAAAAAACACUGAACAGGAAUUUACAAUAUUGUAUUUUAUGUAGCGCUUAUGAAUAAAUUACAUGGAUAAUGUGACAUUCAUAUUUAACACUAAUGCAUAAACGACAAUGUUAAAAAACCGAGCAGUAUACACAAUUUAAAACAAUGAGUACAUUAACCCAAAAAAUUAUCGCAGACAACCAUUACAAUGAUUAAUACA